UUGGUUUUGGAUCUGCUGCUUCUUUCUCAUACUGAAAUGUAUGAAAAGUGAAGAUCGAAAUUUUCGAGUCAUCAUUGACCAAGUUAACAUAACCAAUCUUGAUCGAGAUGUUUAUGAAAAAUUUGAUUGCGAGGUGUACCACGUGAACAAUCGCACCUACAUGACCUCGAGUCAUACUUUCACACGAACGGUUGAUGAAAUUAGUGUGCAUGCUGCCCUGGAUUUUUAUAAGCUGAACAGUAAACAGAAAAUGAAACUGUAUGAUGUUGAGUUCGAUGGAUGUUACAUACUGGAACAUGCUAACAAAAACCGUUUGUUCAAUAUGUAUGUGAAAAAUUUGAAAAAGCAUUCAAAUGUGAAAUUUCAGUGCCCCUUUAAAGCUCAUGUAAACUAUGAAGUGAAAAACAUGUCGAUGGAUGAGCAGGACUUCCCCUCUUUUGUACCACUUGGAAAUUUUCGAUCCUUAAUCGAGUAUAUAAUAAAUAGGAAAUUGAGAGCUAGAAUCACCGCCAGCGGAAAAAUUAUCCCGUAUGCAACAGAUCCGUUCAAGAUCCUAACAUAAUGGAUUUUAAAUAAAACUACAAACUUAGCUAAAUUUGCUUUGUUAAA